AUGGCGAACGGCACCCAGCAGAGCCGAGGCAGGGCUGGCAGCCAGGAGCCACGGCACAGCAGGGGCAUCCGCAUGUACUCCCUCUUGGACUCUCAUACCUCCCUAGAAAGCUUCUCCCCUGCUGGCCAAGCACCUUCCAGAAACCAAGAAGCUCUGUGCCCUCCUUCUGAGCUACCAGCCGCCAGGGUGCUGGCUCUAGGCACCACUGAACUUUGCUUCAAGAGUUUGUAUAUCAAAAGAUGCUUGAGGAAGGAACAUAGUAUAGAGACCCGCAUUUCCACCCUCAAGGUUGGAAAAGGGCCACUCUCCAGGAAACAUAGCUUGGGUUUAACCACAGAACAGUAUGAAGACGAUAAACACCCCCUCCUCCCCCUCAGCCACAGCCCGCUUUCUAGCACCUUCUGCCGGGACGCGGCUUAUAUAGACCACGCCAGCCAAUCAGGGGGCAGGACGCGAGAUCGGGAUCGGGAUCGGGAUCGAGAUCGAGAUCGGGAUCGGGAUCGGGAUCGGGAUCGCGAUCCCGCAGUGGAAGUCGUGAGUCUGCAGCCGCCCCCGGGAGCACCGGCCUGCUCGCAGCCCCCCUCCAGCCCGAGGACAAGCACAGCGCUUCCUCUGCAGGCCGGGCCCUCCCAGCCUGGGCCUGCCCUUGGGUUCCGCGGUGCCGAAUUGGGGCUGUGUGGGAGUUCAGCUUUCCGUGAGGGGAUCCCAGAAAACCACAGGCUGCCUGCAAACGUCUGGAGGAUGGAGGCAUGUUGGGGACCCCUGGGAGUCAGCUGGCAAAUUCGAUGCACUGGGGUGGCACAAACUGCAGCUGUGAGAACACAUCCUGCAAACAUGAACUACCAGCUUAUAGGGCUGAAUGCCAGCAAGCCAGUCAGUGAUGGCUGGGAGGACCGGGGAAGGGGACAUGGUGGCUGGAGCAGAGGAGAGGGGCUCUGGUUCCUCACCCGGCCCAGCUCCGAAAGGCUGAGUGUCACCAAGCCCUGAAGCACAUGGUGUUCCACAUCAGAGCAGCCCCGUUUGUGGCAGGGCUGGACCUUUAGCUGUGGUGCAGUUUCACACUGGUGAUGGCAGCCUGCCCCUUAGUGUCUGUACAGUCCUCAGAGCGCUCAAGCAGUCUGCAGUUACAAUUACAUGUGGUAACAAGUUAA